UAAUAAUAAACGCGUUUAAAUUAUCUUCACGACCCUAUAAAUACCACUCUCUCAGCUCCAUUCUCCCUCAAUUCAAACACUCUGCUCUCUACCAAAGCCAUUUCAUCUCAAUUCCUUCAAAUUUCAUCGAUCGCGUUCAUCAAUCAACAAAAUGAAGGUUAAGAUUGUGGUGAGGGUGUCGAUGAACGACGAGAAAUCCCGCUCCAAAGCCCUAAAAAUCACGGUGGGGAUCUCCGGCGUCGAAUCGGCGGCUCUGGCGGGGGCGGAGAAGGAUCAGGUGGUGGUGGUGGGGGAGAGCAUCGACGCGGUGGUGCUCACGCGCCAGCUGAGGAAGGGCGUGGGCCACGCGGAGCUCGUGAGCGUCGGCGAGGAUAAGAAGGAGGACAAACCCGCCGCGAAGGCGGAGGCGCCGGCGCCGGCGCCGGCGGUGCCGAUGGUGUGGUCGUACGGGCCGAGCUAUCCCGGGUACAACAGCUACCCGGUUUACGAGACGCGGUCGAGCGAUCCAACCUGCACGAUUAUGUGAAGAAUUUGGGGAAAUUUGAGUUCCAAUUUUUUGAUUUUGUUUUUGGAGAGGAAGAAGAAGUAAGGGUUUAAUGUUUUGGGGGUUAUAAAGUCUAGACAUAAUGCGUGGAGAGUCGAGACGUUUUAUCAACUGAGCUGCGAUUGAUCGUCUAUGCAGGAGUUUGUGAAAAUAUAAAAUGAUAAUUUGUUACUGAACAUAGCAACCUAUUUGUUGGAAUGAAGAUGUAUAAUGUAUUAUUAACUGAGUUGCGAUGAUUGAUCGUUUCUGCGGUUUCAAUUUCUUUAUACGAGAGUUUGUGUAG